AUGAUCACAAUCAAGACAGAUAUUGGGUUCAUCUACAACUCUCCAGGUCGCACACUCCUGAGGAAAUGGCUUGGCCUCUGCCAGCCAAAUGAACCCAGCAGUGGUGUGAGGGGCUACCUGAAAGUCACCAUCUCUGCCCUCGGUGUGGGAGACCAGGCACCGGUAGAUCAAAAGCUGACCUACAGGGCUGAUGACACUGACAUUCAGAUCUUCAAGUCAUCGGUGGUGCCCAUCAAUGUGGCCUACUUACAGUUCUUCAUCUACUGCGCCGAGGAUCUCCACCUCAGUCAAAAUCUUUUAACUUCUUUGCUCUUAGAGAAACACCACUCAGUGAGUCCUAUGUUGGAGGUGGAACUAAUUGGGGAAAAGCUCAAGACACACGUGCGGAUGCAAACCGAGAGCCCCAUAUGGAACCAGAUCCUGACCUUCCAGAUUCAGCUGCCCUGCCUCUCCAGCUACAUCAAGUUCAGAGUCUUGGACUGCCCUGGGAACAAGUGCCAUGAUGAGAUCGGGACGGUCAGCCUGUUCCUCAACCAGAUCUCGUCCAUUGGAGCAGAAAUAGAAGGCAUGUACUCUGGCUUCCUCCCCUGCUUUGGGCCCAGCUUCCUGACUCUCCGUGGGGGUAAAAAGGCCCCUUUCAGGAUCAAGGAGGAAGACGCUACUAUUCCCAACAUUGUUAAGGAUGGUUUAGCUUAUCGAGGUCGAGUCUUCCUGGAGUUAAUCACCCACGUCAAGUCCCAUCAAGAUGCUACGAUGAAGGAUCUCUCCCAAGAUGUGAUCAGCGUAGAGAAGCACCAGAACCGCCAGAAGUAUGGACUGUGCGUCAUCUUCCUUUCCUGUACCAUGAUGCCCAACUUUAAGGACCCGAUACAAUUCGAGGUCAGCAUUGGUCACUAUGGAAACAAGACGGACCUGAGUUACAAGCCUCUCGUCUCCACCACACAGUACAGCCAAGUGAUAUAUGAUGGGAACAUCUACCAUUAUGUGCCCUGGUACAACACCAAGCCCGUCGUGGCCGUGACCUCCUACUGGGAGGACGUCAGCUUCCGCAUGAACUGCCUCAACCUCCUCCAGUUCACUCGGGACCGCCUGAAAGCCAAUCUGGACACCCUGAAAUCCAUGAGGAAUCCAAGGGACCCGGCUCUACUCCUCCAGUGGGAGAAACUGCUGAGGGAGCUGAUGGAGGACUGCAAGCGCCCACUGCCCUGCAUGACUGAUCAGCCCAAAGCAACCGACCUGGACAAGAAGAGGUGGCAGCUCCGCAGCCUCCUUCUGCAGGAGCUGGCCCGGAAGGCCAAGGAAGCCCAGCCCAGGGACAUGGUGGCCACCGUGGAGGGCUGGCUGUACCGCCUCAACGCCGUGCUCCCCGAGCCCCAGACAAACCUCCCGGACGUGAUGAUCUGGCUGAUGUCCCGGGAGCAGCGAGUGGCCUAUGCACAGGUGCCCGCCCACACCAUCCUGUUCUCCCCGACCGGGGCCCGGCACUCCGGCAGGUUCUGUGGGAAGACACAGACCCUCUUCCUGCAGUACCCAGAGGGUGAAGGAAAGAAGGACGCGCUCCCGGCCCAGCUCCGGGUCUGCAUGUGGCUCGGCAACGUGACCGACAGCAAGGAUCUGCAGCUGCUCCGCCAGGGCGAAGUGGUCGUGUCCGCGGAGACGGUGAGCGGGUACGAGAACGAGGCCAAGUAUAAGGACCAGUGGGGACAGCAGUGGCUGCAGCACUGCCCCAGCUUCUCGGACGUCAUGGGGCACAAGGCCCUCCCCAAGGAAGAUUUCAAGGAGCCCCAUGGAUGGCACUGGCAGGGGCCAUGGACAGUGGAACCUCAGCGGAGGCUCCUCCUGGACACAGACAUCAACAAGAGCCAGGUGCUGGAGGAGGUGUACGAGAACCAGUGCCGAGACGCCACGGGGGCCUGGGGGCCUGCCGCCAUCCCCAACACAGACGUGAACGGAGAACCCGUGGAGGCCCGGGAGAAUGUGAAGUGUCCCCAAGGCUGGCACGUGAAGAAGAACUGGGCUGUGGAGCUGAACCACGCGGUGGACAGUGAAGGCUGGGAGUACGGAGUGGGCAUCCCACCCUCGGGGCUGCCCCAGGUCUGGAACUCGGUGGAGAAGACCUACUACUCCUGCCGCCGCCGGCGCUGGGCGCGCGUGCGCUACCGGGACCACGGGAGGCUGAGCCACGAGCAGGAGACCCUGUCCUUCCUGCAGCUGGUGAGGGGCCGCCUGGACGAGGAAGGCUGGGAGUACGGCAUCUUCGGUUCCAAGUUCCACCUGAACCCUCAGCCCCAGAGCCAGUUCCGCCGCCGCCGCUGGCACCGCAGGCUGGCCCCCAACAAGGUCAAGGGCAUUGCAUCCAUAUUCCUCCUGGAGGGAUCCUUGGUAAAGCCCCAGUGGGCUAGGUGUCUCUUCCCUGCAACCCCACCUCCGGAGCCAGGGCCCCCUGGUGCGCCAGGCAGACGGAGACGCCCCGUGUGGCCAGAUGCACUGACCACUGCAGGUGGGGGGACCUGGGCCCCGGAACCACAUCCUCAGGCUUUGGAUGGGGAGAAGGGUGACCUGGGCCUGGGCUGGGGGAGGCAGGAAAGGCACCUAUGAGCCUCAGGGAGUCUGUCCUGGGCACAGAGUCUAGAUAUGAAACAGCAAGCUAAGAGGGAAGCGGACGUGGUGUCGUCGACACGGAGACUGGACAGAAUCAGGAGCUCCUGGAGGGCUCCCCCAGAGAUCACCCAGCCACCCAACCUGCCCUUCAUCUACUGCAUCUUCAACAGUGAGCAUUCAAUUGGGAGUCGGCUUGGGUGGCCCCGGAGACACCCAGCACCUGAGGACAGGGAGCAGGGGGCAUGGGGUGGGGAUCCUGGGGACGGGUGGCGGACACAGCUCCUCUCUUACCCAGAGCCCCACUACUACCAGCUCUUCUGCUACAUCUACCAGGCCCGGAACCUGAUGUCUAACCACAUCCAGACAUUCCAGGCGCCCUUCAUUCGGUUGGUCUUCUUGAACCACAGCCAGUGUACCCAAACCCUGAAGAGCUCUGCAGCCCCUACGUGGGCCCAGACGCUCAUCUUCCAGCACCUCCUCCUGUACGAGAACCCCCAGGACACCAAAGAGAGCCCGCCAUUCGUGGUGUUGGAACUGUGGCAGCGGGACCCCCAGGGCAAUGAGAGCUUGUGGGGACGGAGCAUGUGGUCACCGGUGGUCUGGCUGGAUGUCCAAAAACGGAUCCUGCCCCCCAUGAGGUGGCACCCCCUUGUAAAAGGGUUGGAGGAGGAAGAGGGCGAGAUCUUGGCGUCCUGUGAGCUGAUCCUCGAGACUGAGGUGCUGGGAGAGAGGCAGCUGCCACUCUUAAGUGUUCCCUGGAAGAGUGGGAUCUACAUCCUCCCCAAGAGCAUCCAGCCCACGCUAAGGAAAAUGGCUAUUGAGGUGACGACACGUGGAGCAGGGCGGGUGGGCAGGGCGCAAGCCACCCCCAGAGCAGUCGAGCACCACGGUGCGCUCUCUGCUGACCCCCUUGGGCCUCCUGCCUACCUGCUCCAAAGCUUGGACCCCGAGAAGUACCAUGUGAGAGAUGGAGGGAGACAGGAGAGAAAUGAAGUUCUGAUAGAACAUUUAAAAAUGCUGGUCUGGGGCCUUCGGAACAUGAAGCAGGUGCGUUCGCCCCGGCUCCUGGUGGAAUGCUGGGAAGAGUCCGUGCAGACAGAGCCCAUCAGGGACUUCCAGACCAAUCCCAACUUCACCCAGUCAACCCUCUUCCUCACACUGUACAUGCCUACGGAUGAGGCCUUCGCGCUGCCCCUGGUGCUGAAGGUGGUGGACAACCAGGACUUCGGCCAGGAGACCGUGGUGGGUCAGGCCAACGUUGACUCCCUACAGCCCUACUUCUGUGACCCGUGGGCUCAGGACUACAUGCCCCCACGGCCUCCAAUGCUGUCUGUGAAGAAGUACCAGGAGCUCCUAGGUUACCUUUAUGAAAAGUUCUGGUUCAAGUCCAGCAACGCUGAGGAUGAACACGACCAGGAAGUGGACUGGUGGAGCAAGCUGUUCUGGGCCACAGGAGAUGCUCCCCUGUCCCUAAAGUACAAGUACAAAGAGUAUCACACCCUGAAGGUAUACGACUGCGAGCUGGAGGCCGUGCCAGCCUUCCAGGGCCUGCAGGACUUCUGCCAGACCUUCAGACUCUACCAAGAAAGGCCCAAGCUGGACAGCCCUGUGGUAGGGGAGUUCAAGGGCCAAUUCCGUGUCUACCCCUUUCCUGAGAAUCCAGACACCCCCAAGCCCCCUCGCCAGUUCCUGCCUUGGCCUAAGAAAGAGGACUUCCCUCAGCAGUGCUUGGUGCGGGUGUACGUGGUGCGAGCAGCCAACCUGCAGCCCCAAGACACCAACGGCCUGUGUGACCCUUAUGUGAUCCUGAAACUGGGAAAGACAAAGCUUGGCAACCGGGACAAGUACCAGCCCAACACUCUGGACCCCAUCUUUGGCGUGAUGUUUGAAAUGAGCUGCACCAUCCCCCUGGAGAAGGACCUAGAGAUCCAGCUGUAUGACUUUGACCUAUUUUCACCCGAUGAUAAGAUUGGAACCACAGUCAUUGACCUUGAAAACCGACUCCUGUCUGGCUUUGGAGCUCGUUGUGGGCUCUCCAAAUCCUACUGCCAGUCAGGGCCCUUUAGGUGGCGGGAUCAGAUGCCCCCAAGCCUGCUCUUGGAACGCCAUGCCAGGCAGAAAGGACUGCCUCCGCCUCUGUUCAGCCCUGAGGAUGACUCUGUGUUUUACAAUGGGAAAAAAUUCAGACUGCAAAGCUUUGAGCUGAAGCCCCCUACUGCUCGCUUUCUGGGAUCUAAGAAAGAACGCCUUGCGCUGUACCUCCUGCACACCCAGGGACUGGUACCUGAGCACGUGGAGACCCGCACGCUGUACAGCGACAGCCAGCCGGGCAUCGACCAGGGAAAGGUGCAAAUGUGGGUGGACAUCUUCCCCAAGAAGCUUGGUCCUCCUGGCCCCCCAUUCAACAUUGGGCCCAGAAAGCCUAGGAGGUAUGAGCUGCGCUGCAUUAUCUGGAAAACUGCCCACAUGGACCUGAAGGAAAACAGUUUAAGUACCGAGAGGAUGAGCGACAUCUACGUCAAAGGGUGGUUAUUCGGGCUGGAGAAGGACAUGCAGAAGACAGAUGUCCACUACCACUCCCUGACGGGGGAGGGCAUCUUCAAUUGGCGGUUCAUCUUCACCUUGGACUACCUGGCAACAGAGCAAGCGUGCGUCUUGAGUCAGAAGGACUACAUAUGGAGCCUGGACCCCACGGUGAUGAAGUUCCCAGCCCGGCUCAUCAUCCAGAUCUGGGACAAUAACAUCAUCUCCGCGGAUGACUUCCUGGGGGUCCUGGAGCUGGAUUUGUCUGACAUGCCCCUCCCGGCCCGGCACGCCAAGCUAUGCUCCAUCAGGAUGAUGGAUGCUGACCCCAAGCGGCCUCACUUCCUCCAGUACAAGCACUGCUCCCUCUUUAAGAUGAAGACUGUAAGCGGCUGGUGGCCUUGCCAGGUCCUCGAUGGCGGCAAAUGGCGCUUGUCGGGUAAAGUGAAGAUGACCCUGGAGAUUUUGACAGAGAAGGAAGCCUUAAUCAAGGCAGCAGGAAGAGGCCAGUCGGAACCCAACCAAUACCCUACACUCCAUCCUCCCCUACGCACCCAUACCUUGCUCAUGUGGUUUCGGUCACCCGUUACAAGGUUCAUCCAUGUUUUCUGGAAACGCUACCGCUUCAAAAUCAUAGCCAUCUCAAUCAUCCUGCUUAUAGGGCUUCUGCUGUUCAACUUUAUCUAUUCAGCUCCGAACUAUUUGGCCAUGAGCUGGGUCAAGCCUGAACUUCGGCUGAGCGCUCCCAUUCAAAUAUACGCCAAUAUCAUCAAUUCACUAAACACCAGCAACGCCAACUCUUCCAACUUCACCACCCAUCAGAACCUGAAAUCUACAACAGGCCAUAAGCUGAAACUCCUCCAGGGACACAUAAAUCACCUGUGAGCUAUUUUCCCAGAACUUCCAGCCCCACCAGACUAA